UUUCACACAAAAAAUACAGCUUAGACUACACAUGAGGAUCCAUACUGGAGAAAAGCCAUUCAUGUGUGAUCAGUGUGGAAAGAGUUUCAUGGACUCUUCAAAACAAUACACAUGCAUGAGAAUCCACACUGGAGAGAAACCUUACACAUGUGAUCAAUGUGGGAAGAGUUUCACACAAUCAGUAAACUUUAAAAAUCACAUGAGGAUCCACACCGGAGAGAAGCCAUUCAUGUGUGAACAGUGUGAAAAGAGAUUCUCAGUUAAACAAAGUCUUAAACUUCACAUGAGGAUCCACACCGGAGAGAAGCUGUACGCAUGUGAUCAAUGUGGAAAAACAUUUUACUGGGCAUCAAACCUGAAGACACACCUGACAGUUCAUACGAAGGAGAAGCCAUAUUCAUGUUCUGAAUGUGGAAAGAGUUUUUCACUGCUGCAAAGUUUAAAAGGACAUCAGAAAAUACAUACCGGUGUGAGAGAGUACAUGUGCUUUGAGUGUGACAAGACUUUUAUUUCAGCGAGCCAUUUAAAACGGCACCAGAUUAUUCACACUGGAGAAAAACCUUACAAGUGUACACACUGUGACAAGAGAUUUAAACGGUCAGCAAUUCUGAAAAGACAUGAGAAGAUCCACACUGGAGAGGAACCGCACACAUGAGAUCAGUGCGGGAAGAGUUUUGCUUUUAAAAGUCACCUGAAGAUACACAUGAGGAUCCAUGCAGUG